UGAGACUUCUACGUUUAUAGCGAAAGUUUGUAAUGUAAUGCAAUUGUUUUUAAAAAUACUAGUAUUUUACACAAUAUGAACUCUGCAAAUAAGCGAAAGAACAACAUGGAAGUAGACAAAAAUGCCAAAAGAAUGAAAACGGUAUGCAGUUACGGUGAUAAGUGUUACAGGAGGAAUCCAGCACAUCUGAGGGAGUUCAGUCACCCGCAUUUGGAAGCAAUCCUUGAUGCAAGUGAUGGAGGUGACUACACAAUUCCACCGGAGUUGAGUCUGCAGCGGCAACUUAUAUUAGAACAGCUGGAGAUCAUUGUUGAGAAGAAACUUUACGAGCCACAGUCUUCUAGCACUAGUACCACAAGACCAAAGACUCAAGACCCUCCCUCCAUAAAACAGCCAACCAAACCAACUACAGACGGCAAACUCCCGGAGAGUUCUGCAUCGAAAGAAACUGAAUCAAAAGCGUCAAAGGAUGCAAAGGACCUACCAGCAGCUGAUAAAGAUUCCUUAGCCUCAACCUCUGAUAAAAAGGAUACCAGUAAAAAAGAUGAAAAAGAAAAUAAGACAAUGGAUUCUGUAAAAGUUAAAGAUGAUUACCGACCCAUCGUGCCUCCAACGCGUCGCGCGACCGAGUACCUUACCGUGGUGCGACCAGAGGGCGGCAUGGCGGCCAAGCACGCCGCCAGUGCGCCUUAUCACAUCUUUUACACUACUAUAGCUUCGUCUAAGGAGACGCAUAGUCAGCCCUACUCUAUUACUUUUCUAGAGAUCUUGGACCGCAGCUUGGGUGAGCUGCAAUGCUCCCUACAAAUCAAUUUCAUGGUGGAGCCGGCUUGGCUUCUGGCGCAGUACUACUUCGCUGGUUACAGUGAAAAGAAGCUAACCAUACUAUAUGGAGAAGAAUGUGCGGACCUCAAGAACAUCAGUAAGAAGAAACCUCAAGUCGAGGCGUAUCACGUGCCCAUGGCCACGCCGUUUGGGACACACCACACAAAAAUGAUGAUCCUUUGUUACGAGGACGGGUCGCUACGGGUGGUAGUAUCCACUGCCAACCUGUACGUUGAUGAUUGGGAGAACAGGACGCAAGGGCUCUGGUUCAGCCCCCGCUGCCCCUCACUGCCCCCGGACGCGAUGCCCCACGACGGGGACUCCCCAACGCAGUUCAAAAAAUCCCUUCUCAAAUAUCUGUCUCAGUACAGGACUCCAAUACUUUCAAGAUACGUGGCCAGGGUACAGCGCUGCGAUUUUAGCCAUAUCAAUGUGUUUCUGGUAGCAUCAACUCCCGGCGGCCAUUUCGACAUGGAGUGGGGCCUGACCCGCUUGGGGUCCCUUUUACGGCAGCACUGCGCCGUGCCGCGCGCCGAGCAGCCGCGCUGGCCGCUCCUCGCGCAGGCCAGCAGCAUCGGCAGCUACGGCAAGGAGCCCCGGUUGUGGUUGACGGGUGAUUUUCUCCACCACUUCACGAAGAUAAAGGAGCACCCACAAACAUUAUCACAGCCUCCGGAGUUGAAACUCAUCUAUCCUUCAUUAGAAAACGUAAAGCAGUCCCACGACGGCCUGCUGGGCGGCGGCUGCCUGCCGUACUCCGCCGAAGCUCAUUUCAAGCAGCCCUGGCUCAACAGUUUCCUUUUCCAAUGGAAAGCGAAAUCUUCUCAUCGUGACAAAGCCAUGCCACAUAUAAAGUCUUACACAAGAACUUCUCCAGACAACAAGAAAGCUGCCUACUACCUACUGACUUCAGGCAACGUCAGUAAGGCAGCCUGGGGCAGCAUCAACAAAGGUAACGCAGCUCUUCGUAUUAUGAGCUACGAGGCGGGGGUGCUGUUUCUGCCGAGAUUCGUGAUAAACGAAGAUUUCUUCCCACUAGAGCCGAAUGCUCUAAACCGUCUAGUUAUACCCUACGACAUUCCGCCCACCAAAUACACUAGCGACAUGCAACCGUGGGUCAUGGACAACUUGCGGUAGCCUACACAAAAAAAAAACCAGAUCUUUUUCACAUUGUCCAAUCCGACAUCCGCUAGGUCAGGCCGCGGGAGCGUAUUUAGCGGUAACGCACACUAGACAUACAUAACAAGCAUUAUUCAAUUCAAUUCAAUUCAAUAUUUUUAUUUCGAAUAAAAAAUCCAUAUUAUGCCUACAUAUGUGUCGUUUUCAAGCAAAAGGUACCACAUUGUCGCUUGCCAGAAGGACAUGGCUCUGGCAAGUUAUUCGUAUUCGUACAAGCAAUUUUCGUCCUUAUGGUUAGCGACAAUGUGGUACCUUUUGAUUGAAAACGUCACAUAUACGCACACAAAACAAAUAUUAUCGGUCCGACAGCUGGGGGCUCCGACAUGGCUGAAUUUAUCGGAAGCGCCUUUCCGAUAUCAUUGUCGGAACUUCGGAAGGCACCUAUGACAACAACAGCUGCAGGAGAGUGCCAUUGGCAUUAAGUCCGCCUUUUUUGCGUUAUUUAUCGUUUUUAGUAAUAAUGAUUUAUUAAAUGCAUAAUUUAUUUAUAUAUACAGAGACACAUAUGUCUUACAUUUUACUUCCUUCCGAUAUCCAAUAUAGGAUCGAACAAUGUGAAAACGCUAUUACACACACACUUUUGUUCUUGACUGUACUAAGUGUUUUUCGAGACCUCUCUAAUGUGCCUAAAGUACUAUAUCAUAGCGAAAUAAGUACUACUCCAUUCAUCAGUUCUUAUAACAAAACUCUUAUUAUUUUCGUAGUCAACAUCUAGCGUUGAGUAGCGGAUUUAUCAGUACAGCUACUUGACACUAGAUGUCACUUGUAUCGCGACUGACGAAAAGUGUUUUGCUCAACAAUUUACAACUAAGAACUCUUAGUUGUAAAGUUUUGAUUUUUAACUGAUUUUGAACCACCGGUAGAAAACCUGCUUUCUAAUUUUAAAAAACGCAUGCAAAUCGGCACAUCCGUUUAAAGGCCAGUCCAGACGGGAUGAUCAAAUUGACCGAUUUGAUCAGAAAAUAUCACCACUUUAUAUUUAUGGUGAUAUUUGAGCGCUCUGAGUUAAAAAAAUGUCCCCCAAACGCGAAUAUUAGUGUCACAAAUUGAUAUUCUAGCGUCCGCACCUCCAUUUCAUCGGUAAUAUCGGUCAUAAUUGGCGAGCCCAAUUGGCGUUUUACAUCCACACCACCUGAUUUGAUCAGACAAUUUCAUCAGAUUGGCGAAAAAUUGCUCCCGUCUGGACUGACUAAAAACUACGGUGCCACAGACAGACACACACACAUAGCGGUCAAAUUUAAAAAUAAAAAGAGAAAUGAAGAGAGCAAGAGAGAAAUAGGGUAAAAAUUAAGCAUAAGCAGAAAAUCUAACAGAUCAAACGAGCUGUGAAUGUGUUUUUUAAUGUUGAAAUUUUCUAGUGUUAUAGAAAGUUUCUUUUAAUUAUGUAAUAAUGAUGUU